UGAAGAUUAAACAGCUCUACAAUGGCUUCAGCUGAGUAUGAAAUACAGGUUACAACGGGUACAUUUUUUGGGGCAAGUACCUUUGACACGGUCUACAUCACCCUAUCUGGUAAGAAAGGAGACAAACUAUUAAAGAUCCGAAGGACCAGAGUGAGCUUCUCAGAGAGUGUUAUUGCUUAUGCUGGUGAAGAUAUAGGUGAUCUUGUUAUGAUUACUUUAGAAAAGGAAGGACUACUGAUAAUGCCAGAGUCUGGUUGGUACUGUGAGACUGUAAAAGUGUCGGAUGUUAACACAGGCAAGGAAUAUGUAUUUUCAGUUUAUAGCUGGGUUUUCAGAAAUAAACCCGUGAGUGUUGUAGAAAGCUCAGCCAGGAUAUCAUUGGAAGGUACAAAAUUCCUGGAAGAGCUGCAAGCACAAGAACAGCUGAGACAAGGUGUUGGUAAGUAUUGUUCAUUUAUGUAA